AUGCGCUUCUCAACUCUCGCCACGGCUCUCUCCUCCAUCUCCUCCGCCUCAGCAGCCAUCUACGGCAUCACCGUCCCUGCCGUCCUCUCCCCAAAUGCGACUUUCCCACUCACCUUCAUUUCCAACAUCGACCAGUCAAGCGCUCUCGACGUCGCCGUAGCCUACGGCUUUAGCGCCCCACCCGCCUACCGUGGCGCGCUCGGCUUCAACUACAAGACCAUCUACCUCGCGGGUGAGGAUUCAGACUACCAAAUGGGCACCAACUACACCGUCGAUGUGGUGGCGCCUGAAGCCAUCGCUGGGUACAAUGGAUCCGUUGUUGUUACCGCGUCCGUGUACCAGAUUUUCGGGUACUCGGGAGUUUACAGACUGAAUUCGUUUAACGUUACUGUCGAUGUUGGGGAUGCAUCGUCGGAUGAUGGUGUGGUUGCCAGUGUGAACGGGGAUACGAAGGCGACUUGUGAUCUUUAG